UCUGAGGCCGUGAGGACUUGGCAGCAUCCUGCCUGCUCUCCCACCUCCCUCUUGGCGCUGACUGUCGCCUCCUUUAUAAAGCCUGGCUCUCCUGCCACCCCACUUGCCCCUCGUUGCUGCUGCCAGCUCUUGGGCUCCAUGGACUGGUCCCACCUGAGGUGCCCUUGACCGUCCCUGCCCUCACCCCAACCCGGAUCCCGGCAAUGCUAACCGCUGUCUGUGGCUCUCUGGGCAGUCAGCACACCGACGCCCCUCACACAUCACCACCGCGCCUAGAUCUGCAGCCUCUCCAGACAUACCAGGGUCACACGAGCCCGGAGGUCGGGGACUACCCCUCCCCGCUGCAGCCUGGAGAGCUGCAGAGCCUCCCGCUGGGCCCGGAGGUAGACUUCUCACAGGGCUAUGAGUUGCCAGGGGCCUCCUCGCGGGUAACCUGCGAGGACCUGGAAAGUGACAGUCCCUUGGCUCCGGGACCCUUUUCCAAGCUCCUGCAGCCGGACAUGUCACAUCAUUACGAAUCGUGGUUCCGGCCAACUCACCCAGGCACGGAGGAUGGCUCUUGGUGGGACCUACAUCCCGGCACCAGCUGGAUGGACCUCCCCCAUACUCAAGGAGCGUUGACCUCACCUAGCCACCCGGGGGCGCUUCAGCCUGGUUUGGGAGGAUACGUCGGAGACCACCAGCUUUGUGCUCCGCCGCCCCACCCGCACCCGCAUCACCUCCUCCCAGCCGCGGGUGGGCAGCACCUCCUAGGGCCACCCGACGGGGCUAAGGCCUUGGAAGCGGCGGCGCCAGAGUCCCAAGGGCUGGAUUCCAGUCUGGAUGCGGCGGCCCGACCCAAAGGCUCCCGGAGGUCUGUGCCGCGCAGCUCAGGGCAGACCGUGUGUCGCUGCCCCAACUGCCUGGAGGCGGAGCGACUGGGGGCUCCGUGCGGGCCCGAUGGGGUCAAGAAGAAGCAUUUGCACAACUGCCACAUCCCAGGCUGCGGGAAAGCCUACGCCAAGACGUCGCAUCUGAAGGCGCACCUGCGGUGGCACAGCGGCGACCGUCCCUUCGUGUGCAACUGGCUUUUCUGUGGCAAACGCUUCACGCGCUCCGACGAGCUGCAGCGCCACCUUCAGACCCACACCGGGACCAAGAAGUUCCCCUGUGCGGUCUGCAGCCGAGUCUUCAUGCGCAGCGACCACCUGGCCAAGCACAUGAAAACCCACGAAAGCGCCAAAGAGGAAGCUGCAGCAGCGGCCCAGGGCGAGGCCAAGGCCGGUGGCGCAGUGGAGCCGCCCGGGGGCAAAGGCAAACGGGAGGCUGAAGGCAGCUCGGCGUCCUCCAACUGAGCCCUGCAGAUGUCGCAUCCCUGCAGAUCUUUUAGGGGGGCGCUCUGAGUAAGAGGGGAAGGUGGUUAUUUAUUGAUGGUGGGGGACAGGGAGAGGGGCGCU